CCGGUUACGUUCACUCUUCACACGUCAGCUCAUUUGGAGAUUCUGCAGAGUUUCACGGAGAUGACAGCUCUGGAGAACGUCCGGUCACACACAGCAUGAUAUCAGUUUGUUUAUUGCUCUGACGUUUGUCUGUGUGAACAACAGCUCACUGCUCAGGUUCUGGAGAACAAGGACAUCGGUUUCGGGAUGGUCGACUCCCAGAGGGACGCCAAAGUCGCCAGAAAACUGGGUCUGGAGGAGGUGGGCAGUUUGUAUGUUUUCAAGGACAACCGUGUCAUUGAGUUCGAUGGCGAGCUCUCAGCAGACACACUGGUGGAGUUCCUGUUGGAUGUGUUGGAGGACCCAGUGGAAAUGAUCAACAACGCCAUGGAGCUGCGAGCCUUCGAGAGAAUGGAGGAGGACAUCCGCCUCAUCGGCUACUUUAAGGGAGAAGAUUCAUACUACAAAGCUUUCCAGGAGGCCUCGGAGCGUUUCCAGCCUUACAUCAAGUUCUUUGCUACAUUUGAUAAAUCUGUUUCCAAACAUCUCUCUCUGAAGAUGAAUGAGGUGAAUUUCUAUGAGCCGUUUAUGGAGGAGCCGGCCGUCCUGCCGGGCCGACCUCUGUCGGAGAUGGAGAUCGUGGAGUUCGUCAACCAGCACCGAAGGGCAACACUGAGGAAGCUGCGGGCGGAGAACAUGUUUGAGACGUGGGAAGACGACAUGGAUGGAAUACAUAUUGUUGCAUUUGCUGAGGAAGAAGAUCCAGAUGGUUAUGAGUUCCUGGAGAUCCUGAAAGACGUCGCCAGAGACAACACCAACAACCCAGAACUCAGCAUCGUCUGGAUCGACCCCGACGACUUUCCUCUGCUGACCACCUACUGGGAGAAAACCUUCAAGCUGGACCUUUUUCGUCCUCAAAUCGGUGUUGUCAACGUGACAGAUGCGGACAGUGUGUGGCUGGACAUGUCCAACGAUGAGGACUUGCCCACAGCGGAGGAGCUGGAGGACUGGAUAGAGGACGUCCUGUCAGGGAGGGUGAACACCGAGGACGAUGACGAGUCUGCCGAUGACCAGGAAGACUCUGACAGCUACGUCGAGGAGGACAACUACGAAAGUCACGACCAAGAUGAUGAAGAUGACGGUGAUGACUAAACUGGAAGUCCUCACACGUUAGAGACAGAUUGUUGAAAGUAGAUUAAUUAGUUAGGCUGGUAAAACAGAAUCAUACGUCAGAAGAACAUCUGUUGCCAAGUUUAUAGCAAAAGUAUUGUAGUGCCUAGAGUCUGGAGUCAAUUGUCCUCAACUUAAGAGUCAGGAUAUCAGCUUACUAACGUUUCUGUGUGACGUAGACAUGUGAAGCUGCAGAGAUGUGUGAGAAUCAAUAAAACAAGAAAACAAGGACAAGAAAAAUCACACCACCCGUCAAACCAUGUGCAGAAUCUGAAAAGAGGAUUAAGUAAAACCGGUGAAAAGGAUUCAGAGAAAGUAAAUGAUUGAAUAAAUCAAAUAAAAGGAUAAAAGGGUUUAUCUGUAAAAGGAGGUUGUUCCAGGGUUCGUAAUAAAAAGAUGCUUCACUCUGGGUCUUUGUUCUGAGGAGAGUUCUCCAGGGUUCAUGUGGUCAAAGCAAAUAUGAUCAAUAACUAAGACCAGUCAGAGCUUUAUAAACCAUUAAGAGUUGAAAUAAAUAUUCUGA